CCGAACCUCAUCCUCCUCCACAACCUUUUCUCUCUGCACUUGAAGACCCAGUCCUCGACUGCUUUUACACAGCUCUCUGCUCUCUGCUCUCUGCUUUCUGCUUUCAUCAGCAGCUUCCCUCGAAGCUUGCUCAACAGUCAACACGCAAGGACUCUCUGACAUCGAGGCCCUUCUCGAGGAAGCUGCGUCGGCUGCGGCCGCUCUCGACCGGGAAAAAAAUUCUAGCUCCGUCAAGAAUGAACAUCGAGACGGCACCCGUCGCGAUGAUAACCGUGACAGGGAUCGCGCCCGUGGCCGCGACCGCGAUCGAGAUCACCGUCGCGAUCGUAGCCGCAGCAAGGUCAAGACAGAAGACGGCGAUGUCGAAAUGACAGAUGCUCAUUAUAGCGGUGGAAGCCGUGACUCUCACCAUUCCAAUAGGCACCGCUCACGCUCGCCCCGUCGUCGCGAUGAUCGUCGACGCGGCGAUUUCUAUCGAGGAGGUCACAACCGCUCCCGGUCUAGGUCCCCAGACCGACACUAUCAACCCCGGGGUGGCCGCCGUGACCGAGAUAGAGAUUAUCCUCGGGAUCGAGAUAAUCGAUAUAACCGCGGAGGACGCUAUGCUCGACGUGGAUCCCGCGACGAGAGCCCUAAGCGUCGAAAGACCCCGGAGCCGGUACUAACCGAAGACGAGCGUGACAGACGCACAGUCUUCGUCCAGCAGCUGGCGGCCCGUCUUGAGACUAGGCACCUAUUCGACUUCUUCAACAAAGUCGGUCGAGUCAAGGAGGCCCAGAUUGUGAAGGACCGCGUCUCGGGACGCUCGAAAGGCGUUGGUUACGUCGAAUUCUUCGACGAGGAGUCUGUCGCGGCCGCAAUUGAGCUCACGGGCCAAAAGCUGAAGGGCGUUCCAAUCAUUGCGCAACAUACGGAAGCCGAGAAGAAUCGCCAGGCGCGUGCUGAGGGCGCUCCCAGCGCUGCGAGCGGCGUUCCAUUCCACCGUCUCUAUGUCGGCAACGUUCACUUCAGCAUCACCGAGAUGGACCUCAAAAACGUCUUCGAGCCUUUCGGCGAGCUCGAGUUUGUCCAGCUGCAGAAGGAGGAAACUGGUCGUAGUAGGGGCUAUGGCUUCGUGCAAUUCCGCGAUCCUGCCCAGGCCAAAGAAGCUCUCGAGAAGAUGAACGGGUUUGAACUAGCUGGCCGCCCGAUCCGCGUCGGCCUUGGCAACGACAAGUUCACGCCGGAGUCAACAGCCAAUCUGCUACGUAGCUUCAACGGACAGGCUCAGCCCCAGUUCCAGGGCUCGGCUUUCUCGGGACAUGGAGGUCGUGGCAUCCACGCUGGUGGUGCUGGCGGCAGUUUUGAUCGCACCGGUGGACGAGACAAUGACCGCAAAGCUGGCGGCGCUAGUGCCCUUGACGACACGGAUGUUGCGGGUGUCAACUUCAACAACUACUCCCGAGACUCCCUCAUGCGCAAGCUCGCCCGGAUUGAGGAUCCGCCCGCUACUAGUGCUAAUCGCCAGGCGAUCCAGCCAAAUCCUCGCCAGGCGAUUCGCGUCGAGGCCCCCAUGGCUAGUCGCUGUAUUGUACUCAAAGACAUGUACGGCUCGGAAGAGGUCGAAGAGGGUGGACCCAAUUGGAAGUCCGAACUGGCCGCCGAGGUCAGAGAUGAGUGCAAUGAGUCUUAUGGCACGGUCCUCCAUAUCGGAAUCGAUCCGGUGUCGACCCCGGGCGAAGUCUACGUCAAAUUUACGGAGAUCGCGGGUGGUGAGAAAGCAAUCAAGGGCCUCAAUGGUCGCUACUUCGCAGGCCACAUGGUUACCGCAGAGCCCGUCUCUGAUGCCAUGUAUAACAUUCGGUUCCCGAAUUCGGUCCCGAGAACCCAGCUCAGCAUUCGCAACCGUUAAGACUACCAUAAUUUGUCACACAAGUAUCUGCCCUCUCAGCGGCCCAGUCCCCCUCAUUGAUCGCGAAGUUUGCUGACACAGUUGAGUAGCUACGUUCGAACGGUUUUCC